UUCUCUGGGGCAGUUGCGCAGGCAGCGGAUGCGGGAAGCCGGAGUCCGGGCGUCAUGUACUGUAAAUUUAGUGGCUUCACGCAGAAGUUGGCGGGAGCAUGGGCUUCGGAGGCCUAUAGCCCACAGGGAUUAAAGCCUGUGGUUCCCACAAAAGCACCACCUAUCAUAUUUGCCACACCACCUAAAGUGACCUCUGAUUCCACAGUGUAUGAUUAUGCUGGGAAAAACAGAGUUCCAGAGCUGCAGAAGUUUUUCCAGAAAGCUGAUGGUGUGCCCAUCUACCUGAAACGAGGCCUGCCUGACCAAACGCUUUACCGGACCACCAUGGCACUGACUGUGGGAGGGACCAUCUACUGCCUGAUCACCCUCUACAUGGCUGCGCAGCCCAAAAAAUGAGUUAGGUUGCAAAGGACUGGUUUGUUUUUUUGGCACAAACCCUUUGAAUUUCCCUUUUUAAUGUUAAUUUUUUUUUUUUACUUGGAUAGCUUAACAUUUUUAAAAAUGCAAGAAAAAUAGAUACGAAGACAAUAUUUUGGUUUGUUUAUGAAAUGCCUGUGGCUUGUCAGAGCUCAUUCCACAAUUAAAGCCAUCGUUUAAA